AUGAGAAACUCUUUGGAUAGUGGAGAAAUAACAACAGUUACAGAUUCUGCUAAUAAUGAUUUUCAGUAUUUUUCAGAGUUACAAGAAAGUAUGGAUAUCACGCUUAUGAAUGAAUCCAAAAGUUCUAUAACGCCAGAACAACAGCAACAUCUAUUUCAGGAGGAAAAAAAAUCAAAAAUUGGAUCCCCAGAAAUACCAUCUGAUAACAUUAACUUAUCCAACACAUUUCUUGGGGAUAUGAUAAUACCUUGUAGGCCACAGAACAUCACACAGGAAGACGAUGAAGAAAAUGAGGAAUAUGUUCAAACAUUGCACGAAUUGCAAAACAAAUGGUUUGAAGAUUCGCAGAGAACGUUUGCUAAUAUAAGCUGGUAUAAAAGACCAAGUCUUUCAUUCUUAUAUUUUAUAAUAGCAUUAUAUCUCUUAUCAUCUACAAUAACCAUGGGUCCCCUUUUGAUGUUAACGCAGGAUAAGAUAUGCGAAGGUAUUAAAAGCAGCGAGACAGUCAAUGCUUUAAACAAUAUCCCCAGUUUGGAAGAUAAUGCAGUCAGUAUGGCAAAGAGAAUGGGAAUGACAAUGCCGGCACCUGAGGAUGGCAUGGCUUCCUACUGUGACCCAACACUUUUACAAAAAUCACUAUCUAAUUUACAAACUAGCCUAUCUAUAGUAUCAGGGAUUUUAGGGUUUGUACUAAGUGGGAAAUAUGGUCAAUGGAGCGAUAAAUAUGGAAGAGUUUUCGUAUUUAAAAUUUUUAGCUUAAUUAAUUUACUACACGUGAUAGUUUUAAUAUUUUAUUUCCAAGACAAGAUUUAUAGUGGCAGUAACCGGGAACUGAUGUUUUUUGUUUUAGCUAUUGGGAGCCUGAGUGGUGGUGUGAUGUCGCUAAUAGCGAUAGGGAAUGGUUAUAUUAAUGAUAUUGUAAUGCCACAUAUUAGAACGAUAUCAAUAAGUCUUUUGAUGAGCAUUGUGUAUGGUAUCUUGGGAGUAGGUCCGUUAUUAGGUUCAUUUAUCGUUAAAUUUAUAUCACACGGAAAUAACUUGGUUCCAUUAUAUUUUUCACUAGGAAUUGGAAUUUUAAGUACAUUACUAACUUAUUUUUUCAUGUAUGAAUCGAGACACCCGCAUGCGAUGGAAUUUUCCAAGUUGAGACAUGACCAACAAAGCAACAAUGUUGCGACAGGGGGAACUGAUAGCAAUUUUGUCAAAAUUUUUUUUUAUAGAUGCUAUUACAGAAUAUUCGUUAUUGGGUUUUUAAGUCCAUUAAAAAAAUUAUGGGUAUCCGGUGCUAAACACAAGGAUUCUUCAGUAUCACAAAUUAAUGUAAUAUGUCUAAUUAUUAUUGAUAUACUUUCUAUGGCAAAUACAGUUGGUAUUGGAAAUGUUAUGAUUUUGUACAGUAUGUUGACCUUUAAUUGGGAUAGUGUCAAAAUUGGAUACUUAAUGAGUUUAGGUGGGUUUGGUAGAGUCUUUGUUUUGUUAAUAAUUGGUCCAAUGAUAAUUAAGUUUUUAGAGCUAAAAGUAAAAUUUCCUAUACUUACUACUUCAGUUGAUAGAAUCGAUAAAGUUUGUCUUACAAUUUCACUAGUUUUUGUGUUACUUUCUACGUCAGUAGUGCUUAUAAUUAAUAAAGAAUACGGAAUAUAUUUAGGUUGCGCUUUACAAAGCUUGAGUGGUAUGAUAUCUCCAACAAUUCAAGGCAGUAUUAUUAAAUAUGGGAAUAACUUAGAAGCUGGUGAAAUGUUUGCUGCAAUAGCUUUAAUUAGGCAUUUAUCAAUGUUGCUGUUACCUACUUUUUUUUUACAAAUUUAUUCACACACGGUUGAUUUUUGUCCUAAAUUUUUCAUGUUUAUUUCUUUAUUGGGAUCUAUUGUUACAUUAAUUAUUUGUUUAAUUUUUUUGAAGGCACGUGUGGCUGAAGAUGAUGAAGUUUAA